AUGCUGUCCGGAAAGCGUAAAUUCAUUUACCGAGAUGGUUCCGAAAACUUGCCGCUUAAAGAGGACAAAUCCAUCAUCAAGUUGCCGGACUCACAACUAGUCAUUAAUGGCCGAAACCCGAUACCUAUAGCUGUUGCAAUAUUGCUUCAGUAUCGAGUUAAACCAAAGCCCGCAGUGAACAAACCUGUGCCAGCAAAACCUGUCGUCCCACGAGCAAAUGAUGACGACGAGGAGAAUAAGGCGAUGUUCAGCCAGAAGAAGCAGCAGAAACCAGCUAGCAAGAAAGAACCGGAAGAGACAGAACCCUCUCGAGUUCGAACUGUCAUCCAGAGCAUUCUCCGGCGCAUCGAAAAAAUAUUCGGCACUGAGGACUAG